AUGCAGAGGAUCGUCGACCACGCUCUCGCUGUCACAAAAGAGUCAGUGAAAACUCUGACUUUCGAGUUUCUGAACAGCUUUGCAAGAUUCAUAAAUGGAGUUUCUGCACUUCUCUUGACUCUUAUCCCUGGAAAGGCCAAUGUUCUUGAAGGUCUUCACGGCUGGGAACUAAGGCCUACGUUACGUGGACCUCGUUUACCUCGGUGGAUGCAUAAUGGAGUCUCGUCUUUCAACCAAUUCAUUCAUGAGCUCUCUGUGGAUUCUGAUACUUCAAGCUUGGAGUAUUCCUCUGAAGAAGAUAGCAAUGGCAUGUCGACGCCUCCAUCAUCACCGUUGUCUCAAGGCUCACUCCGCGCUUGGGCUACUCUUCCUGCAAACUACGAGAGCCACUGGACAGAGUGGGUAACCUCCAUACUCUGGUUGGUUUUAAUACCAUCCCGGGUCCUUCUAUGGGUACUCUUAAGUCUUUUUGGUAGACAAAACUCGCCUACGAGCCCUAGAACUAGGUACAAGCAUUCUUCAAGGCCUUAUUUUAGCAAACUGAUCCCAGGGAAAGGGCAUCAUGUCCCUAACCGAACUACUGAUAGACGACGCGGAGUCAUUGAGGAUCUUCAGGUGAAUAUCGAGAUCUAUAUAGAAACAGUGUUUGGCUUCUUUCACAAGGCUGCACAUCUUCUUCUUUCUCCAUCAGAAACCUUUGGAAUAUUCUUGUCAUGCUUCUCUUCCUCCGGUCACAAAGGAAACUAUGGUUACUUUUGGGAUGAUGAAGUUGUGCAGACCGCCAUUCUAGGAGAUGACGAUCCAUCCCUUACAGAAGAAAGAACCACAACUGGCUUGUACAAUACUGAUACUCGAACCUGUCAAGAUGUCAUAACAGAGCUUGGGUAUCCAUAUGAAGCUAUUCGUGUUGUUACAUCUGAUGGAUAUGGUCUUCUCUUGGAAAGGAUACCAAGACGAGAUGCGAGGAAAGCUGUUUUCUUGCAGCAUGGUGCUUUGGAUUCUUCAAUGGGAUGGGUAUCUAAUGGAGUUGUUGGAUCUCCUGCUUUUGCUGCUUAUGACUAA